AUGUCAGCUCAAGGUUCAAGUGUCGCGCCACGUCAACGACGCACCUCCCGGUCCACAUUUUCCAAGCAUGACGCAUACGGGCAUUUCCCAUUCGUCCCAGGUGUGGACCACCAUGCAAGUCGCUUAGAUCAUGUUCAGCAGCAGGACCUACCCGACUACGACCAAACAUACACCAAUGAUCUAUCUCCAGCCCCCAUAUACCAGCAACUUGCCAAGUAUCGUGUGGGUGAUGGCGUAUACUCAAGUUCGGGUGCAGAAGCAGUAGCAAAUGUCAAGGCGAGCAGUCAUUCUGAAUGGAGCCCGGGCAUGAAGUAUGAGGUAGCCCGAGAAACCAUCGGGCACAGAACCGGAUGUGCAAGCAUAUCCGACAGUAGCGAAGCCACCGCCUCAUCAGGAAGUGAAGCAUCCAUUUCCAGGAUUCAGGUCAAUGACUUGCAGGGAUUGGGUCUCAGGGAUCAUCCAGCCUCGCAUAUGGUGCUGCCCUAUGGGGCCAGCAGUCAUAGUCACCGAAACGACCCCGAUCUGGGGGAUGUCCAACGAGACUAUGACAAGGAGGUACGAAAGUCAUUGGAGCCAGCAUACGUGAUCCCUGGCAGUAGCAGCGAACGUGAGACGCUGGACCCUCGCUACAAAAGGCAGAGCGAUCCUCGGAGAUUUUUCCGAGUUGGCAGGGUCUUUUCCAUGCUUUGGCAUGAGAAUGCAGGCUGGCAUGGAACUGUACUCAACGAGAAAGUCUCUCACCCAUCAGCAAGCCCAUUCACCAAGGGAAAGUAUCAAGAGCCCAUAUACAGUAGUAUCCGACGCAUGGUAGUGGUUAAAGAGCAGCGGGGCUGCUGCUGGUGUGUACCUAUCACUACUUAUAGUGGGCAAGGUGUGGCCAAGGCUGGCAUUGACCGAAGCAAACAUGCUGUCAUUCGUAUGCGCGGUGAUAGGCCUCGGACUGUACAGGCCGAGCCCCGGAUGGUCAAAGAGCCUCUAGAGGUCGAUCCUGCCAGGCCUGAUCAGAAGCUGGACUGCAUGUCAAGAGUGAACUUUGGCAAGGUUUAUACCGUCGAGCACAACGUUAAAGUCCUCUCCGUGGGCAAGAUCACGGAUGCGUCUCGGGCGAGAUUCUUAGAAUACGCUCAGAGUGAGUUUGUCAGGUAG